CUGCCGCCUAAGUUGCAAGACUUCAGCCUUCGGAUAAACUCUUAUCGAACAAAUUCAGCUCGACUCUGAAAGCCCCAUCAGAACCUUAUGUUUCCCUUUUGAGCGACGGAGCCAUGCUAAGCCGCGCCGCACGCCUGCUGAAACGUGGUGGCCGGCGGAGACGGCGGAUGGAUUGUCUGUCCGAACCAAUCAGAGUGUCGAGCACCCAUCCAGUUCGGGACGCAUUUCGCGCCGACAGAUCGGCGCCGACUGCUAAGCUUCUUGACGGGACGGGGGCUUCGAUGCGUCCGAUAUUAACAUGUUUGGGGCUCUGUAUGGAGGAUAUGGGAAGGUGACGGAGGUAUAAAGGGGGCGGUUCAGCUGGAGGGCGAUGGAUGUUCACACACGGACACUCGAUUCAAGCAAUUCAGCUUCUAUCUAUCGGCUCGAUCUAGUCUAUAUACUUGGCCUCCAACAAUUUUCAGUCACAACAGCACAACACAUAAUGAACAAGCCAACUCUUGCAUUCUUCGGCGCAACCGGCGGCUGCACAAUCGCCUGCCUUAUCCCCGCCCUUAGAGACGGUUACAACUGCGUUGCCUUAGCACGCACGCCCAAGAAACUCACCGACAUGCUCACUGCCCGGGGCGUCCCACAAGCAACAAUAACCACCCACCUAACCAUAAUCGAAGGCUCAACAACCGACCUCAACGCCGUAAUCCGCACCCUCUUCCCCGCAAACCUGCCACCCGCCUCAAUGAUCCUCUCAGGCGUCGGUGGCGUGCCCGACCUCAGCAACCCACUAAGCCCCAAAUUCAUCGGCAAGACAAUCUGCCAAGAUACCGUGCGGAAUAUUCUCAGCGCCCUCCGCGAGAUGAACACCUCGAAUGUGAAGCCUGUACUCGUUGCAAUCUCCACGACGGGGAUCACCAAGGAGCGCGAUAUCCCACUCGCCAUGGUCCCCUUUUACAAGUGGGUAUUGAAAGUGCCUCAUGCGGAUAAGGAGGUUAUGGAGCGGCUGAUCUUCGAGGAGAUGGCGAAGCCCGCGCAGCAGAGGGUGCUGGGGGAUUUUGCGAUGAUCCGCCCGAGCUUUUUGACGACGGGGCAGAGUCAGCCCUCUAAGGUCCGUGCGCUCAAGGGGAAGGGCGAGGGGCAGAAUACGGCUGUGGGGGUUGCGUGUCCGUUUGUGGGGUAUACGAUUUGUAGGGAUGACGUUGGCGAGUUCAUGUAUGGUUUGGUGAGGGAGAUGGAGGGGGAUAUGUCGGGGAAGGAGGGGUACUUGGGGAGUGUGAUUUCGAUUUCCCAUUAAGCUUCUGUUAUAGUGGUUGAGCUGGUUUGGUUUGAUGGGCGUAUACUUGGAAGUAUUUGUGGCUAUACCUCUGUCUGCAACUGUUUCUGCUUCUAGACCUCUUUCAUAUGAUUGGAAUAAACACACAGUCUUCAUCU